UUCUGUGCCGGAAAUAGUUCUUAACGGAAGGUGUGUUAACGGAUUCAUCCUGCACGCUGCCCAGUUGUUUUGAGAACUUUAAUUUUUGUAGUGUAGUUUUUCACGUUGUUCAGUUAUCAUGGGCGAAAAGGCGCUGAGAGUACUGGUAUGUGGUGACGUGGAAGGGAGAAUCGGUGUAUUAUUUAACCGAGUGAAGACAAUUCAGAAAAAAAGUGGAGAAUUUGAUAUGCUGUUAUGUGUGGGAAAAUUCUUUGGAUGCUCUCCAGAAGCACAGGCUGAAUGGGAAGAAUACAAAACUGGAGCUAAAAAAGCACCAAUACAGACGUACAUUUUGGGUGCCACAGACCAAGAGUCUCUUAAAUUUUUCCCUGAUGAAGAUGGAUGUGAAUUAGCAGAAAAAAUAAUUUACUUGGGUCGUAAAGGGUUGUUCACCGCUGUGUCUGGUUUCCAAGUUGCAUACCUGAGUGGUAGAGAAUCUUGCCAAGAACCAGCCCCUGCAUACUGUUUCACGCCCAAAGAUGUCGAAGCAUUGAUGGCUCCUUUGUUGUCUUCUCAAUACAAAGGAAUAGAUGUUCUUCUUACAUCAGAAUGGCCCAAAGGAAUUGCACGCUAUGGAAAUUCCCCUGGUUUUGACUGCCAUUCACAUGGGUCUGUUUCAGUUGCAAAUAUAGCACAAAUGCUGAAACCAAGGUAUCACUUUGCUGGUUUGGAAGGAACAUAUUAUGAAAGAUUGCCAUACAGAAAUCAUAUGGUUCUUCGGGACACCACUGAGCAUGUCACCAGAUUCAUUGCACUAGCAAGUGUGAACAACAGCAGCAAGAAAAAGUACUUGUAUGCAUUUAGCAUUACCCCAAUGAAGAAUAUAAAUCCAGAAGAUUUGCUUAAACAGCCUCAGGAUGUCACUGAAAACCCAUACAAGACAUUUGGCAAGGAUGGUCAUAAAGGAAAAGCAGCUAUCCAAGCAGAGGUUGACAGUUCACCUCAGUUUUUCUUUGAUUUGAGUAAACAGCGAAAAAGACAUUCAAAAGAUGAAAAGCCUUGUCACCUUAACAAACCAAAGAGGCCUCCUCAGCCGAUGGGUCCCUGCUGGUUUUGCCUAGCAAGUCCAGAAGUUGAAAAGCACUUGGUAGUCAGUAUUGGAACACACUGUUACAUGGCUGUUGCCAAAGGAAGCCUUACUCCUAACCAUGUUCUUAUCCUUCCAAUUGGCCAUUACCAGUCAGUGGUUGAUUUGGCAUCAGAAGUUAUUGAAGAACUGGAAGAAUAUAAAUCGGCUGUAAAAAAGCUCUUCAAAAGCCAAGGAAGCAGAUGCAUCAUGUUUGAAAGGAAUUACCGCAGCCAACACCUACAGUUACAGGCAGUCCCUGUUCCACUUACUAAGUGCACUACAGAAGAUAUAAAAGAAGCAUUUAUUGUUCAAGCAGAAGAAAAACAGAUCGAGUUACUGCAAAUUCCUGAGCAUACAGACCUCAAGCAAAUCGCUCAACCAGGAACACCAUAUUUCUUUGUGGAGCUAGAUACAGGAGAAAAACUGUUCCAUAGAAUUUCAAAGAGUUUUCCAUUGCAAUUUGGAAGAGAGGUUCUUGCAAGUGAAUCUAUUCUUAAUAUACCUUGUCACACUGACUGGAGAGAGUGUAGGUAUACAAGAGAAGAAGAAGAAACAUUGGUCAGGAAUUUCAGAGACUCUUUUAAACCAUAUGACUUCACUCUGCUGAAAUGAUGCUAGAGAGUGAACAGCUAUGCAGCCAUCUUUUCAAUUGAUCUGAACUUGUUUCAACUUUGUACAAACUAGCUAAUAAUCGUCUGCAUGAUGCUGUUAUUAGUGGAAUACUAUACAUUGUAUAUGAAGCUUUUUCGAUCUUGAUUGGUGUAGGCCUGUAAUGUUCAUAUUGUGUCUCUUACUGCCUAUUGUUAUGCAAUAGCCAUUGUGUAAAAGUAUGGUUCUUUAAUUGUAGAUAUAAGCGAAUGUUUAUAUGUAUAUAUUUUAAAAAAACUUUUUGUAAUUUUUCCAAUACAUUUGUUCCUGUUUUUCAGCA